GCUGUCCUGCUUUCCUAGUAGAGCACAUUCAUCAACACAUAUACGGUAUAACUUUACUUCCGUGUUCAAAAUACUUCAACUCUCAGACAGACCUCCCCACUCACUCUCUGUGGUCUCGAUAUUUUUAUGUGCACUCAUAAAUGAAUUUGGACCCCUGAAUUUUUAAAAUUUAAUUUCUGACCUGAACUAUUCCUGGAAGCUACAUGAUGACGAAGUUUUUGGACAAUUUCUGGGAUUCAGAGUUUAAUAGCACGAAUGGCUUUGAGGUGUUAUGCAAACGGAUGAAAGAUGGAAGGGAGAUGUGCAAGGCUCUGGAAAAUCUGUUAAAAGAAAGAGCGAAAGCGGAAGACACAUUUGGGCGAUCUCUACAGAGAAUGGCAAAAAAUGCAUCAGGAAAGGAGGAAAUUGGUGGUCUUCGGAAGUCGUGGGAUGAGUUAUUAGUGCAGACAGAAGCCAUGGGGAACUCCCACAUCCAGCUGAGUAUGAGGAUGAUGGAAGAAGCCAAGAAGAUUGAGGAUUUCCGAGAAGCACAGAAGGAGAAGAGAAAGAAGCCUGAAGAGAACACUAAGAAAGCACAGGCUGUCAAGAAGGAAUGGUACAACAAAGUCACACAGGCCAAAAAGACAUUUGAGGGUCGGAAACGAGAGCUGGACAUUGCCGAUGAGAACUACAUGAAACAGAGACUGGUCCAAGCCCCAAAAGAAGUGGACAAGCUCGUCCAAAAGAAAGAGAAAUGUCUGGCAUCUGUAGAACAAGCAGAGGCCCAAUACCAUGCCUGGGUGAAGACUCUUGAGGAUGCCAGGAGUGACUGGGAGAGUCAGAUGGAGGAGACAUGUAUAGUUCUACAAGCUAUGGAGGAAGAAAGGAUAAAGUUCUUACGUAACUCAAUGUGGGUCCAAACCAACAUGCUUUCACUGCAUUGCGUCGAGGAUGACCAGCAUUGUGAGGAAAGCAGAAAGAUCCUAGAGCAGUGUUCAGAAGAGAAUGAUAUCAAAUUAUUUGUUGCUCAGAAGAGGACGGGAGGCAGCAGGCCUGCACCCAUUGAAGUAGAAACCCCAUGGAGCAACUCUAAAUCAGCCAUGUCUAACGGAAAAGCAAUGCCCUCACCGACAUCAGACGCCCAUCGGAGAAGAGACCCUCACACUGCGCUGCCAUCCAUUCCCAGUAAUACGCCCAAUCCCCUCAUCAAUGGCGGUCGGAGGUCGUUGCCCAGGCAACCUGAUAACGAGCAUUUGCAAUCGCUGCAACACGCACUCAGGUCGUCUGACCCUCUUUAUGCAGCAGUGGAAACUCCUCCCCCAUCUCAAUCCACUCAAGCAUCUAAAUUUGUUCGGGCACGAUAUGAUUAUAAAGCUCAGGGACAGUCAGAGUUAAGUCUUUCCGUUGGUCAAAUACUGAGGGUACUUAAUACCGACGAUACCAACUGGUGGUUGGUGGAUUACGACGGUAAGCAGGGCCACAUCCCGACGCAGUACGUUGAGCUGUGCAACGAAACGUCAGAAAUUACCAUGAUCUGAAAAGUAGUUCAACAAGUUUACUAAUUUAUUAAGUUUUUAUUAUUUUUUUGUUGCAUUUUCCCAGAACAUUUCUUGCUUUGGACAGCCUAAAAAGUUGUAUAAGGUAUACCCAGCAUAGCAACAAGUAAUGUACUGUACAUGUAUAUCAAAAGGAUUCUAUUCAUAGUGAUGUUCUAAUCACAUAUUGUCUGUCAAGAGUUAGAAAGGCAUGACAUGUAACUCAUACACUUUUUACAGAGAGUGAAUGGGGCUUUAUUGGCUCUGAGAGGACAGUAUCCUCUGUGGAGAGCCAGAAAUAUGUUGACUUAUAUAUCAUUCAUAGAGUUACAUGAAACGCCCUUUAUAGAUUUAUAGUGUUCAUCAUUAUCCUAUAGGCCUUCAGUCCUUACUACAUAAUGAUGACUAGUCUUUAUGGAUUACAUUCUGGUCAUUUGCCAUGUGCGAAAAAAUAUACAUAUUUUGGCUAUUUUCUUUAUAUUUUUAUAUUUCCUAGAAGAACUUGAGUAUUUUUCUUCUAUUUUGUCAUUGAAUUUUUGUUUUAAAACAUAUAUUUAGGCUAAGGAUUUGGACUAUAAGAUAGAUGAAAAUAUAUUCAGAGUUGAAAAUAGUCACUCAAAAAUAUUUUCUAUGCUGUUUUUCACUAUUUAAAAAACUAGUUUCAGACUGUUAUUAUUUGGACUAGGGCGGUCCUGAAAUAACUGUUUAUGAUAUUGAGCUUCAUGAGUAAUCCAGAUCAAGCAGCAGUAGUUGUUUAUACCCUAAAAGGGUAGUCUGAGUUGUUGUAAAAAAGGAACUAGCAGGGUAACCAUACAUUUCAGUUUGAAAUGACAUUAUUUGAUUUAUAAUCAUAAUUAUCAAUGCUGUAGAUUCCUUUAACCUUAUAAGGCCACCAAGUUUAAAACCAGGACCAUGUCACAAAUAUGAUUGAAUAUGAUAACAUUUUGAUUAUGGCAUUGUUGUUAAUUUUCAUCUUGACACAAACAUUGUUCCAUGCCAAUUGUGUUAAUUCAAUUAUAUGUUUUCAAUUUGAAAGAAAGACAAGCUCUUCGUACAUUAUGAUUGGAUCUGAUUUUGCAUUUGGAUGGUUCAAUCCACCUGUUACUCAAAAGGGAUCAAUGAAAAUUUGUCUGUUUAGAGCCAGAAGGGCAUUAGCCCUGUAAAUAUGUACGUGAAUUAAGACCCUUUCAGCUCCUAACAGAGGAUUUCUCUCCAUGUCUCCAUUCUUGGACCCAGGUCCGGUUCUAGAUGACAGGUUAGGAAAGGGCUUUGUGGGGAUUCUGUUUUGUGGGUUAAGAAGUUCUGCCAGUCGUUUUCUAUAUGUAUCUUGCUUUAAAUUAAAUUAAUUCAUAAUCAAGACAUUUUUUAAGAGGGGUGUGUGAAGAAAUUUGAAGAGGGGGACCUUGAGCGCCUGUCCCCUGUAGAACUGCUACUGCUUUAAUAGGCCAACUCGUAGUUCAGUCAUUUUGGAUGGAAUAAACAAAAUCUUGGUACAAUGACCUUUCUUUCAAUUUGAAAGUUUGGAUUAUACAGGUGUACCACGCAUUAAUAUAUGUUUGUAAGCAGCUGCUAGACCUUAUUGUCCAAUAUAUUUAUAUAAGUUUUGCACCAAUCAAAAUUCUUUGCAUGUUCAUUCUUUGCGACCUGGCACCACAAAACUACCAAAAAGGCGUCAUAUAUGAUAUUUUAGUUUAGGUUUGAGUCAACGAGAGGAGGUUAUCAACUUUAAACUGAUAUAUAAGUAAUUACAAUUGAUUGUUCUUAAUCCAAUGAUUAAAGGAGAAGACAGUCCAGCCCCAAAAAGGUGUUAGGGAAAGGGCAAUUAAAGUCUAUAAUCAUUCCGAGUCCUAAGGUAUUGUACAAGGUGAUAAAAGGAGGAUUAAAUCUCUAUCUCAAUUUCUACGAAGGGAUUGUCCAAUUAUCCUGAAACCUUGUUCACUAAUUAAGCGCAUCCUCAGGCUGACCUUUGUUUGUCUAGUUACCAAAGCAUCAGCUUUCUUGUUUUUAAGUUAUAGGAGAUCGAAAUGAGACUGUUAGCUAGGGUGUUAAUGAAAUUAAGAUUGCUGCAACAAAAUCAAGAUCAGACAAACAUACAGUCAUGUUUGUCUACAAAACACUACCCAAAUACCACUUUCAGAUUGUUUGGUGCUUCCAAAUUUUGAAAUUAGCUUGAAGGAAGACAGUGUACUUCUUCAGGAGAUACUUCAAACUCAACCAUCCUGACCAAAUACACAGCUCUAAAUAAAAAAUGACAUCAUGCAACUUUUUGGAGGUUUGUAGCCGUUGCCUGGUCACCUUUGAUGUGUGUAAUAUGCUGAUAUUGUAUUUACCUGUUGGCAGUUUGAGUUUGAGGUUUUAGGACAUGUAACAUAUUGAAAUUGUAGCACAAGAUAUUGCUGUACAUUUAUGUUGGGAAAAGAUAUCAGGGACAAUUUUUAAUUGUCUUAUAUUUCUUUUUUAAAAGUUUGUUUUAGGUUAAAAAAAUAAUUAAAUGGCAGUAAUUUGGUGCUUGAUAUAUAUACUGUACAUAUACAUGUAUAACUCACAGCAGAGUACAACCCCAAAGUGUGUCUUUCUCUUGUUUAUUCAAUUUUAUAUUUGUAUAUGUUUUUCAUGAAAGAUAUAUGGUUCAGGCCUUUCUUUGCACAUUCUACGCUUAUUACAAUUUGAGUUUAGUGUAAAUGGUUUGCAGAAGCUAUCCAUCUCAUUUUAUACUCGCAAACUUUCCAUUUUAAGCAUUUCUUUUGAGAUUUUUGUGUGAUAUUUAAAUCAACUCUUUAAUUCUAAAUAAUAUAAGACUUUUUUCAGAUAUUAAAAUGAAACUGUAAGAUAUUGUUGUCCAAUAAAACAAUAAGCUGCAAAUUGAUGAAACUAGUGUGUGAGAAAGAGAGAGAGAGAGAGAGAGAGAGAGAGAGAGAGAGAGAGAGAAGAAAGAAAGAAAGUGCUCUGAUUUAUACCAAUGAUUCUCCAAUCUGAAAGGGUUACCAAUCCCAACAAUUACAAAUUUAAUAGUUCUGUGACCAUUGUGACCUGAGCCAGAACGAUAUAUUCUGAAAUCUAACCAAUUAUAAGAUCUUAAUUUGUUCAUACCAUGCUCAAUGAGCAUGAUAUAUAUUUCAAGAAUGAAUGUAUAUUUGAUAUUUCAGUGAUGGAGUGAUUGCAGCUUUGAGGAAGGGAAUUAAAGUCAAGCUGGUCUUGGGGCAAUUAUACUUGAAUAAUUAACUAUUUCUACAUGCAUGUGUUAAGAAAUUAUAUUUUAUGAAACGAUUGCUAUUUUUGCAUAGUGUGUUUAAAAAAGAAAGACUUCUGUAUCAUAAAAGCUAAUCAAAAAGGUGUUUACUGCAUAGAUAGAUAUAUGUUUGUAUAGACAAAAUUGUAGUAAUAUUCAUUGCCUUCCCAUAUAAACCUUUGUGAUACAUUGUCCAGAUAUGCCAUAGUAAAUAAUGAUAAGUACAAGAUGCCCUUUUUGACAUAUUUUUAAAACUUUGCUUUGCAUUCAUUGGAUAAUAAAUUUUAUUUGUAUAGUAAUAUUGAGUUCUGGUUAUGAAACUGUCUACUAGGUUUCUCCUAAGUUUUGUAAAUCAGAAUAAUCCAUACGCAUGUAGGGCUUUAUGUUCUAUAUGUUUUCAAUCUCUUUCCGUCUCUAAAAUGAGUAUGAGUUUAUCUUUUUUCUCGUUUUCUCAUGCUGUACACAAAUUAUUUUGACAGUUAAUUGGUACUCUAAUUUUUGAGCUAGUUUACAUUCCAUACAAAAUGCUAGUUUUAUGCAGAACUCAAUAUUACUUUGGUGACUCUCCGUAGUUUGUUACACAUAUCUCAAUUAUCUAAUUUGUUCAUGAUAUAGCUCAAUAAUAUGUAUAUAUAAUGCACUUGAUUACUAAUCAAAUGAAAGUACUAUAUUUUUAUGAAUGCGUAAAAUAAUCUGAAUUGUCAUGUGUAUUUUACAGAAGUGUAUUGUGAAUGUCCAUAGUUGUUUUGUAUUAAAAUACAAAAUUCAUUGGAAAUUCCAAAGCUAUUGAA